AUGAAUGUAACCAAACCGAACUCAUCAAGUCCAGCUCAACCUCAGAAAACCACUACAAUGAAUGUAACCAAACUGAACUCAUCAAGUCCAGCUCAACCUCAGAAAACCACUACAAUGAAUGUAACCAACCCGAACUCAUCAAGUCCAGCUCAACCUCCGAAAACAACUGCAAUGAAUGUAGCCAACUCAAACUCAUCAAGUCCAGCUCAACCUCCGAGAACCACUGCAAUGAAUGUAACCAAACCAAACCCAUCAAGUGAGAUUCAAACCAAAGGCAUCCAGCUUAAACAACCUGAAACAAAACUCUUCACAAUAAAGAGGUCGGUAGCAAACACUAUGCCUAAGUUCGCAAAUUCGAAAAUUAGAAAUACCAAAGUAAUAGUAACAAAACCUCAACCGACAGAUACAACAGUGACCUCAACUACCUUGACAAGUGACAGUGCUACUAUUCAUCCAACCAACACUGCUUUCAUCCCAAGUGACCAUGCUGUUAUAAACCCUACUGAUAAUGCUGUCACCCAUCCUACUGACCGGGUUGCUAUCCAAAAGACAGACAGUGCUGCCGUUAACCCAACCCACAGUGCAACCACUACAGUAAAGACAGUCCAGCAAUCCAGUCAAGUGGUUAUAUCUUCCGAUGGAGCUCUGACCAAUAGCUACUCUUCAUUACAAACUACAGAAAAAGCGUCACGUCGGACGAGAGUUAAAGUGUCGGAUCAUGGAGGCAGUGAGUGCGUCGCGGCGGUUGACGGACAACUAAGAAGCGUCGGGCCGCUACACGCUACAAACCACCCCCAGAACUGA